UUCGCGGCGCAUGCGCGCAGAAGGGCCGACCCGCUCCGCCCCCCCGGGCUAUGUAAAGCGGCGGGGCUUGGGUCGCGCCACAGCCGGACUGCCGCGUCCCUCCGCGCAGGCGGGCGGCUCCGGAGCGCUGGUGCCGGCAGAGGCGGCGACGUUGGCGCCCCUCCUCAUCAUGAACAGAGGCUUCUCCCGAAAAAGCCACACGUUCCUGCCCAAGAUCUUCUUUCGCAAGAUGUCAUCCUCAGGGGCCAAGGACAAGCCCGAGCUGCAGUUUCCCUUCCUUCAGGAUGAGGACACCGUGGCCACGCUGCAAGAGUGCAAGACACUCUUCAUCUUGCGCGGCCUGCCAGGAAGCGGCAAGUCCACGCUGGCACGGGUCAUCGUGGACAAGUACCGUGAUGGCACCAAGAUGGUGUCGGCUGAUGCUUACAAGAUCACCCCCGGCGCUCGAGGGGCCUUCUCCGAGGAGUACAAGCGGCUCGAUGAGGACCUGGCUGCCUACUGCCGCCGCCGGGACAUCAGAAUUCUUGUGCUAGAUGACACCAACCACGAGCGGGAACGGCUGGAGCAGCUCUUUGAAAUGGCCGACCAGUACCAGUACCAGGUGGUGCUGGUGGAGCCCAAGACGGCGUGGCGGCUGGACUGUGCCCAGCUCAAGGAGAAGAACCAGUGGCAGCUGUCGGCCGAUGACCUGAAGAAGCUGAAGCCUGGGCUGGAGAAGGACUUCCUGCCACUCUACUUCGGCUGGUUCCUGACCAAGAAGAGCUCCGACAUGCUCCGAAAAGUGGGCCAGGUCUUCCAGGAAGAGCUGGGGAACCACAAGGCCUUCAAGAAGGAGUUGCGACACUUUUUCUCUGGGGAUGAGACCAGAGAGAAGAUUGAUCUGGUCACCUACUUUGGAAAGAGACCCCCAGGCGUGCUGCACUGCACAACCAAGUUUUGUGACUACGGGAAGGCCCCCGGGGCAGAGGAGUACGCUCAACAAGAUGUGUUAAAGAAAUCUUACUGCAAGGCCUUCACACUGACCAUCUCUGCCCUCUUUGUGACACCCAAGACGACUGGGGCCCGGGUGGAGUUGAGCGAGCAGCAGCUGCAGUUGUGGCCGAAUGAUGUGGACAAGCUGUUGCCCACUGACAACCUGCCGCGGGGAAGCCGCGCUCACAUCACCCUCGGCUGUGCGGCUGACGUGGAUGCUGUGCAGACAGGCCUUGACCUCCUAGAGAUUGUACGGGAGGAGAAGGGAGGCAGCCGAGGCGAGGAGGUGGGUGAGCUAAGCCGGGGCAAGCUCUACUCCUUGGGCAAGGGGCGCUGGAUGUUGAACCUGGCCAAGAACAUGGAGGUCAGGGCCAUCUUCACGGGAUACUACGGGAAAGGCAAACCCGUGCCCACACAAGGCAGCCGGAAGGGGGGUGCCUUGCAGUCCUGCACCAUCAUAUGAGUGUUCUUUCCACCAUGUAUGCCCUUCGCUCUUUAGAAGGGGAGGGGAGGAGAGGGAAAUGUGUCCUGCUUGAUCCUUGUUUUGUGACUUUUUUACUCAAAGUUAACCUACCUAUAACUUUUUAAAAACUUGUAAAAUAACUGACCCUCCCUUCCUGUCCUGCCCUCUUUCCCUUUAAUGCUGGGGGAACCUGGACCAAACCUAACGAGGCUGGGCCAAGCUAGGCAUGGGGCCACAGCCAGGACCCCAAGCCCUACUUCCAGGUUCUGGUUAGCUCAGCCCCAGCCCAGAGCCAGACGAGUGGGGAGACACCUGAGCCCUACAAAACUCACUGACCAGAGGCAGGGGGUCUGGGGUAGUUUUCCACGGUCACAGAGAACUAGUGGUGGCCUUGAGAAGGGGAGGACCUCUGGGCUUUGAUUCCAUCUCCUUCUCUUUGUUUUUAGAGACAGGGUCCUGCUGUGUCGCCCAAGCUGGAGUGCAGUGGUGCAAUCAUGGCUGACUGCAACCUCAA